AAAGUACAUUUUUGACAGUUCACAUCUCUUCUUCAAUUUCAACGUUGAAAGAAAAUCACAAAAACAAGAAUUUUUGUGGCGAAACUAUAAUCGCAAAAUUUCAUAAUUUAAAUAACUAAAGUAUUAAAUACGUCAAAUAUUAAAACUUGAAAAAUGUCUAGUCCACUUGUGAUGAGAAUAAUGUCCUUAUCAAUAAAUACAGCCAAACGUGCUGGAACUAUUAUAAGAGAUGUUAUGCAAAAAGGCAAUUUGGGUAUCGUUGAAAAGGCCAAAGAUGAUCUUCAAACAGAAGCAGACAGAUCAGCUCAACGAUGUAUCAUUGCUUCGUUGAGUAAACAAUUUCCUAAAAUUAAUAUAAUUGGCGAAGAAGGGGGUUCGGACUUAAAUGUCGCCCAAGAUUGGUUAGUAACUGAAAUGGAUUCAGAUUUCCUAACUAAAACAUGUCCCGCUGACUUGACCGAUGUCAAAGAUGAGGACUGCAUUGUUUGGGUCGAUCCACUCGAUGGCACAUCUGAAUACACUCAAGGAUUCCUCGAACACGUAACUGUGUUGAUUGGAAUCGCUGUUAAGAAUUCAGCAAUUGGUGGUGUUAUUCACCAGCCCUAUUAUAAACACGAUACCGGAGAAAUCGGUCGUACAAUAUGGGGCCUUAAAGGUCUCGGUUCAGGUGGAUUUGAAUUAAAAACUGCGCCGGAUGAUAAAUUUAUCAUUACCACAACUAGAUCACAUUCCAAUCCGAUUGUUCAGAGUGCUUUAGAUGCAUUAAGUCCAACCGAAGUUAUUAAAGUUGGUGGAGCGGGAUAUAAAGUAUUGCAAUUAUUGGAAGGCAAAGCACAUGCGUAUGUAUUUGCAAGUCCAGGAUGCAAAAAGUGGGAUACUUGUGCUCCUGAAGCUGUUCUUGAAGCUGCGGGAGGUACUUUGACAAAUAUGUUUGGUGAUCACUAUGAAUAUCAUGUUGAUGUGGAACAUCCAAAUAAAAAAGGUGUUCUUGCGACGAUUGGAAGCGUUUCUCAUAGUGACAUUGUCAGUAAAAUACCACAAAAUGUUAAAGAUGCUAUGAAUAAGUAAACUAUAUGUAAUACGGGUAUAACGGGGGUGCCAGCAUGGAAUUUAAUACAAUCGAAAUGGCAGAGAUAAAAUCGAUUAGUGGUAAUGCCUUAUUUAGAUAAUCCAAAAUUUUCACUUGAAAUGCCGAUACGGACUAAAUUGACCACACUCGAUUGCAUCAAGUUAAAUGCUGGGGUCCCUGCUUUGUAAAAUAAUCUCAUUCCAAAUGAAAUAAAAACUUAAUUCUUUA